UUGUUUUAUCCGCCCCCCCUCCACCGUUUUUUUUUUUUUCCCCCUCCUCUGGGUGUCUUAUUAAUUUCUCCGUGGGGCUGCAGCUGGAGACUGCGGAGCGUUGGAAAUGACGCUUGGAGCUUUAAUUACCGCAGCCGCCGGACAAGUGUGAGGAAAGCUGACAGGAAAAAGGACUGGAUAGGGGGAGAAGAAGCAAGAAGCUUCCCCCUCCCCACUUUCUUCCCAAUUUGGACUGGAGGUGCUAGGAAACUAUAAAGGGAGCCGAUCAGAGCCCGGCCCGGGCGAGAGGCCGGAAACCUACCGCCCCUUGGCAAUCAACUUUUUUUUGGAAACCUUUUUCCCCCCCUGUCUUUUUAUUGUUGCCCGGCCAGUGAGAAAGAGAGAAAGUGAGCGGGGAAGGAGAGAGAGAGAGAGAACGAUCACACAGUGAAAUAGCUGCACAGUCCGACCAGGAGCUCCACGCUCACACACUCGAGCACCCUUUCACACGCGCACACACACGCGCGCGCACUCACGCGCACAGGGUCCCCCUCCUCGGGUCCCCAGACCUGGUCCCGCGAUCGUGGACUCGGUCGCCCGCGCAAGGAGUCGGUGCACCGCGCGCGCGACGCGCCAGUCCCCCUCGCGCCCCCCACGCGCGCCUGGCUGACGGAUCUCUUCUGCGUGCCCGAAAGGGGAUAUGCCAUUUGGACAUGUAACUGUCAGCACGGGAUCUGAGACUUCCAAAAAAUGAAGCUGGCGACAGGACUGUGCAUCUGGGUGAGCCUUCUGGUGGCGGCGGGGACCGUCCAGCCCAGCGCUUCUCAGUCAGUGUGUGCUGGAACGGAGAACAAGCUGAGCUCUCUCUCCGACCUGGAGCAGCAGUACCGGGCCUUGCGCAAGUACUAUGAGAACUGUGAGGUGGUCAUGGGCAACCUGGAGAUAACCAGCAUCGAGCACAACCGCGACCUCUCCUUUCUGCGGUCUAUUCGGGAAGUCACAGGCUACGUGUUAGUGGCUCUGAAUCAGUUUCGUUACCUGCCUCUGGAGAAUUUACGCAUUAUUCGUGGGACAAAACUUUACGAGGAUCGAUAUGCCCUGGCAAUAUUUUUAAACUACAGAAAAGAUGGCAACUUUGGCCUUCAGGAACUUGGACUGAAGAACUUGACAGAAAUCCUAAAUGGUGGAGUCUAUGUAGACCAGAACAAAUUUCUUUGUUAUGCAGACACAAUUCAUUGGCAAGAUAUUGUUCGGAAUCCAUGGCCUUCCAACUUGACUCUGGUGUCAACAAAUGGUAGCUCAGGAUGUGGACGUUGCCAUAAGUCCUGCACCGGCCGAUGCUGGGGCCCCACAGAAAACCAUUGCCAGACUUUGACAAGGACGGUGUGUGCAGAACAAUGUGAUGGCAGGUGCUACGGGCCCUAUGUCAGUGACUGUUGUCAUCGAGAGUGUGCUGGAGGCUGCUCGGGACCUAAGGACACGGACUGCUUUGCCUGCAUGAAUUUCAAUGACAGUGGAGCUUGUGUCACUCAGUGUCCCCAAACUUUUGUCUACAACCCAACCACCUUCCAGUUGGAACAUAACUUCAAUGCAAAGUACACAUAUGGAGCAUUUUGUGUGAAGAAAUGCCCACAUAACUUUGUGGUCGAUUCCAGUUCUUGUGUGCGUGCCUGCCCUAGUUCCAAGAUGGAAGUAGAAGAGAAUGGGAUUAAAAUGUGUAAACCUUGCACUGAUAUUUGCCCAAAAGCAUGUGACGGCAUUGGCACGGGAUCACUGGUGUCAGCUCAGACCGUGGAUUCCAGUAACAUCGACAGAUUCAUAAACUGCACCAAAAUCAAUGGGAAUUUGAUCUUUCUUGUCACUGGCAUUCAUGGGGACCCUUACAAUGCAAUUGAAGCCAUAGACCCAGAGAAACUGAAUGUCUUUCGGACAGUGCGGGAGAUAACAGGUUUCUUGAACAUCCAAUCAUGGCCCCCAAACAUGACGGACUUCAGUGUUUUCUCUAACCUGGUGACCAUUGGUGGAAGAGUGCUCUACAGUGGCCUCUCCUUACUUAUCCUCAAGCAGCAAGGCAUCACUUCACUGCAGUUCCAGUCCCUGAAGGAAAUCAGUGCAGGAAACAUCUACAUUACCGACAACAGCAACCUGUGUUACUAUCAUACCAUCAACUGGACGACGCUCUUCAGCACUAUCAACCAGAGGAUAGUGAUCCGGGACAAUAGGAAAGCUGAAAACUGUACUGCUGAAGGAAUGGUGUGCAACCAUCUGUGUUCAAGCGAUGGCUGUUGGGGACCCGGGCCAGACCAGUGCCUGUCCUGCCGCCGCUUCAGCAGGGGCAGGAGCUGCAUAGAGUCUUGUCAUCUCUAUGACGGCGAAUUUCGGGAGUUUGCAAACGGCUCCAUCUGUGUGGAGUGUGACCCCCAGUGUGAGAAGAUGGAAGAUGGCAUCCUCACAUGCCAUGGACCGGGACCUGACAACUGUACGAAGUGCUCCCACUUUAAGGAUGGCCCAAACUGUGUGGAAAAAUGUCCAGACGGCUUACAGGGGGCAAACAGUUUCAUAUUCAAAUAUGCUGACCAGGAUCGCGAGUGCCACCCGUGUCAUCCGAACUGCACGCAAGGGUGCAUAGGCUCAAGUAUUGAAGACUGCAUCGGCCUGAUGGAUAGGUGUAGCGGUCCCACUAGUCAUGACUGCAUUUACUAUCCUUGGACGGGCCAUUCCACUUUACCACAACAUGCUAGAACCCCUCUAAUUGCAGCCGGAGUCAUUGGAGGGCUCUUCAUCCUGGUCAUCGUGGGCCUAACAUUUGCAGUUUAUGUGAGAAGGAAGAGCAUCAAAAAGAAAAGAGCCUUGAGGAGAUUCCUAGAGACAGAGUUGGUAGAGCCCUUAACUCCCAGCGGUACAGCACCCAAUCAGGCUCAGCUUCGUAUUUUGAAAGAAACUGAGCUCAAACGAGUAAAAGUACUUGGCUCAGGUGCUUUUGGAACUGUGUAUAAAGGUAUUUGGGUGCCUGAAGGAGAAACAGUGAAGAUUCCUGUGGCUAUUAAGAUUCUUAAUGAAACAACCGGUCCCAAAGCCAAUGUGGAGUUCAUGGAUGAAGCUCUAAUCAUGGCAAGUAUGGACCAUCCACACUUAGUCCGGCUACUGGGUGUGUGUCUGAGCCCAACCAUUCAGCUGGUUACGCAGCUCAUGCCCCACGGCUGCCUGCUGGAUUACGUCCAUGAACACAAGGACAACAUCGGAUCACAGCUGCUGCUUAACUGGUGCGUCCAGAUAGCUAAGGGAAUGAUGUAUCUGGAAGAAAGACGGCUUGUUCAUCGUGAUUUGGCAGCACGUAAUGUCUUAGUGAAAUCUCCAAACCAUGUGAAAAUCACGGAUUUUGGACUAGCUAGACUCUUGGAAGGAGAUGAAAAAGAGUAUAAUGCUGAUGGAGGAAAGAUGCCAAUUAAAUGGAUGGCUCUGGAGUGCAUACAUUAUAGGAAAUUCACCCAUCAGAGUGAUGUUUGGAGCUAUGGAGUCACUAUAUGGGAACUGAUGACCUUUGGAGGGAAACCCUAUGAUGGAAUUCCAACUCGAGAAAUCCCUGACUUACUGGAGAAAGGAGAACGUUUGCCUCAGCCUCCUAUCUGCACCAUUGAUGUUUACAUGGUCAUGGUCAAAUGUUGGAUGAUUGAUGCUGACAGUAGACCUAAAUUUAAGGAACUGGCUGCUGAAUUCUCAAGGAUGGCUCGGGACCCUCAAAGAUAUUUAGUUAUUCAGGGUGAUGAUCGUAUGAAGCUCCCCAGUCCAAACGACAGCAAGUUCUUUCAGAAUCUCUUGGAUGAAGAGGAUUUAGAAGAUAUGAUGGAUGCUGAGGAGUACCUGGUCCCUCAAGCUUUCAACAUCCCACCUCCCAUCUACACUUCCAGAGCAAGAAUUGACUCAAAUAGGAGUGAAAUUGGACACAGCCCUCCUCCCGCCUACACCCCCAUGUCAGGAAACCAAUUUGUGUACCGAGAUGGGGGUUUCGCCGCAGAACAGGGCGUGCCCGCGCCCUACAGAGCCCCGACCAACACCAUCCCAGAAGCUCCUGUUGCUCAGGGGGCCACUGCUGAGAUUUUCGAUGAUGCCUGUUGCAAUGGCACCCUACGCAAGCCAGUGGCACCCCAUGUCCAAGAGGACAGCAGCACCCAGAGGUACAGUGCUGACCCCACAGUGUUUGCCUCGGAGCGGAGCCCACGAGGAGAACUGGAUGAAGAAGGUUACAUGACCCCCAUGCGAGACAAACCCAAACAAGAAUAUUUGAACCCUGUAGAAGAGAACCCUUUUGUUUCUCGGAGAAAAAAUGGAGACCUUCAAGCUUUGGAUAAUCCCGAAUAUCACAAUGCUUCCACCGGCCCACCCAAGGCCGAGGAUGAGUACGUGAAUGAGCCACUGUACCUCAACACUUUCGCCAACGCCUUGGGGAACGCCGAGUACCUGAAGAACAACGUACUGUCUGUGCCAGAGAAGGCCAAGAAAGCGUUCGACAACCCUGACUACUGGAACCACAGCCUGCCGCCUCGGAGCACUCUUCAGCACCCAGACUACCUGCAGGAGUACAGCACAAAAUAUUUUUAUAAACAAAAUGGACGGAUCCGGCCUAUUGUGGCAGAGAAUCCCGAAUACCUCUCUGAGUUCUCGCUGAAGCCAGGCACUGUGCUGCCUCCUCCGCCCUACAGACACCGAAAUACUGUGGUGUAAACUCAACAGUGGUUUUAAGGUGGAAAGACAUGCCCGCUCCAAUUUCCCUGCCACCUCUCUUUCUCUUAUGGUCUUCCUUCUACUCCCAAGGCCAGUAGUGUUGAAACUUCCCAGGGGAAGACAUAGAGAUGCAAUGAUAGUUACGAGUUUAUCUAACUUGAACAUUAGAAGGAAAGACUGAAAGAGAAAGACAGGAAAAACCACACUGUUUCUUCAUUUCUCUACAAGUGUCGGCCAGGAGACAGGAACAGCUAGAGAAGGACCAGCAAAUAGGAGGCAAUAAUGCCUGAUGUCAAACCAGUUCUUAACUUUUUCUUUUUUAAAAUUUCUUUCUACUUUAUUUAUUUUUUAAUGCAGAAUCUUGAAACACCCAUGCUAUCUGUUCCUAUCUACAGGAACUGUAUAGUUUCAGUAUCCCUGGAAAUCCUACUAAGCUUUCCAUUAGAAUAAAUACAAAGAUAACUUUUUCUAUAACAUGAUAGUAACUGAGAUUGAGAAUCCAAUUUCUUUCUCCAAUAAUUUCUGUCCCAACAAGUGAAGAAUAGCUAACUCAGCUUUCAUAAUUUUUGAAUCUACUUCAAAGUAAUAACUACUACUCUUGGAGGCCUUUCUUGAUUUCCCUCUCUCUCUGUCUCCCUCUCUCUCCUCCUCUCUUUCCCCUUUUGGUUUAUUCCUCCAUUAUGUUCUCUCCUAGUUUUGUCUCUAAUUUUAAAUGGCAAAGAAUUUUUACAUCGAAAGCUUCUUAUGUGUUGCUAUACAUUGACAGAAUUUGAAAAAGGAAGAUGUUAUAGUGAAAUGACCACUAUUUUAAAAUACAGUCUUAAAAUGGGAAAGGGAGGCCAAGAUUUUAGUCAAAUGUAGCAUCAAAUCUAACAUUUGUGUUUUUACACUAUUUUACAUGCACUGCCCCCCUUCCUUUACAUCCUUCAACAUUUUCUUCUCCUCCAUAACUGACAGUACUUAAUAGGCAGUUGGUAAUGUUAAGAUAGAAGGAAAACUAAGAGACAGUUUUGUGUGGUUCAUGAAAACUACUGACAUUUUCAGGGGUGACCCAAUGGGAAAUCAACCCAUUGAACUGGAAGAAAACACACUGGAUUGGGUAUGUCUACCUGGAAGAUACUCAGAAAUGUGGUUUGCACUUAAACUAUAAUUUUAUUUGUUCUCUUUCUAGACUCCAUUUUGGAUUUUGAAUGAAGCAAUAUGGAAGCAACCAGCAAAAUAACUAAUUUAAGUACAUUUUUUUAAAAAAAUGCUGAGACAAAAAAGGACUGUGGAAAUACCAAACCAAGCAAAUUAGGACUUUGGAACAGUAUCUAGGGAUUAUGGUGAGAGGGCCAGCACAUUAUGUACAUGUGAUAUCACAUUUGCUAUGUGAGGGAGGUUGUCUGGUUUGUAUACUGCAUAUUAAGGAAUGCAAGUAAGGAUUGGCUUGAAUUCCUUGUAAUUUCUAGUAUGAGACUCUAUUUAUGUUAAGGGGAAGGUAACUCUUUGCACAGAUUGGUAAAAUAAAAAGAACUAACCAUUCAGAACUUACAGAUAGGUCCUUGGAUCAAAAGUUGUAAAUAAACAUGAAAAUCCUCUCAUGUAAUUAUUUUAAUAUCCAACAUACUGAUAAUCUUUUGAUACUUUAGAUAAUAACUCUUUUUCUUCAAACACAGCAUCCUAGUUCUACAACCAUCUUUAUUAAGUAUUGUUUUAAGUCAAUACCUGCUGAGUUAAUAUGAGCAAUGGGAACAAAUGGUAGGAAUGUCUCCAGGAAAAGGGAACCUCAGGUCGGUAAUUAGGAAAAUAUAAAUAAGUCACUCUUUUCUAGAAAAACCUGCCCUGAGUCAUUUGGAUUUUUAAAACAUAUUUUUUUCUAGCAUUAACAUAAUGGAAUCAAAUUUAAGUCUAUCACAUAAAAGAAAGCAAUUAGACAAAAAAUCUAGAAUGACAAAACUGUUUAGAGGGGGAAAAUGCAAAGAAAUCUAUACUUAGUUUGAAAAAGUAAAUUCAUCCAAAUCUUCAACUUAUUUUUUUUCAACUGCUAUUUACUUAGAGUCUACUAAAAGCACUGUGUUAUGUGGGGAAUACCCAGAUAAAUGUAAUGUUAUUCCUAACUUAAAAAGUUUAGUCUAGAUUUAUUUGGAAUGACUCUUGAAUUUCUUCAUCAGUUCAAAGAAUAAGAUUGCAUGAACUUUUUGUGAGUAGUCAUCAUACAAUUAGCUGUUCGUUAAGAGAUCUCCAGUGAACUCAUUUGGGACAUGAAUGGAAGAUCCUACAAGUUACUGAAGUUGACAAGUAAGAGGGUUUCAAAGUUAUCAUCUAAGCACAAAUAUGUCUAGAAGGGUACUGCAUCACUGGCUUAUGGCCUCUCUGAAUUCUAACUUGCCCAUUAAAUCAGCGGUUUAUGUUGGUCUUUGGCCAAGAACAUUGGAGGCUUUGGGAUUGCUUUUGUCCUGAGCUAUGAGAAGUGGAGUGAGCUAACACAGUGGGAAGAAGCAAGGAAGGUGUUUGUGAGAUCCUUUCUAGUAAAGUUCAACCACCAAUUUCCUGAGAAUAAUUCAGGGGCCACAGCCUAACCUCUCUCACCUAUUCCAAGGGGUCUCCAAGACAAAGGGGACCUCGCAUCAGUACUGAUGACAAUUUAGAUACAAGCCUCUUCUUCUGGAUAAGCCUGUACCAACUCGGCACAGAUUGCAGCCUUGCUGGAUACUGGAACUUGAUUUUUUUUCUUCUGAUUUACAAUAUUCAAAUGUUUUUUUAUUGAGAAAUGGAGAGCACAAUCACUUAUUUUGAAGAAGGAAAGAAAACUAACAUGUUUACUGCUGAGGGAGUAGAAAUGUAUUCAGUGAAUAUAAUCUCCUUCAUCCUAAGAGCCCGAGACCCUUGCACAUCGGGUGACCGCCCUCUAAUAACUGGAGAUAGAGGCGAGUGUAGGCCCGAAGGCCCCAACAUGUUUCACAAGCACUCCACUGCAUUUUUCCUUUUGAGUGGUUAUUGUAGUACAUACUUCAUUUCAGUUGUUUCAGGGUUUCUCUUGUGUCUGACUUGUCCCACUAGGAAGGCAUAUUUCAGAGUGUAUGAGAAGGAGAAAAAAAGAUUUUCAUUUGUUCUGAAGAAUAAAUUAUUCAACCCAGUGGAGCAAAAUUUUAAAAUGCCAAUUAAAAGCCUGAAAAGCGCAUUGGACUAUCAUGUGUCAGGGGCUAGCUGUACCAGUGCAAAUAUGCAGAAUCAAUUAAGUAAAUUAGAGAGAAAUUAAUAUUAAAAUUAUAUGGACUAUAUUUUUGCAAUCCCAAAAUUUUGUAGUUUCUACCUAUCUUGGGGGAUCGUAUUUUCAAAUAUGGAAAAAAAAACGUAUAAUGAAAAGUUUGUGUAAAGAAAUAUUUCUUAGAGAGGUGAGAAGAGACAUCCUCUGAACCAGGGUAGACCCAGAACCGCAGAGCACCCUGCGCCAUGCAGAGGUGCUCAAAUGCUGAGCAGCAAUUUUUUUUUUCCCAAGCAUUAGUGGCACAAUUUAGGAUGAGAGUUCUUUCUCAAGUAAUAAUCUUGAAACAGCAUAAAACAUGCAAUUUUUAAAUUAUAUUAAAAGAUACAAAGUAAAAACAUGAGGUGUUUUUUUUUUCUUAGUAGAGCAGGAAGAAAGACUGAAUAUCGAUAGCUGAGAGAAGAGAUAGUAUUCUUGUAAGUGUUAGGAUGUGUGUGUUCAUAGCUUCUGAAGGCAGGGCAUGGCAUGAAGAUCAUGAAUAUCCCCAAUGCCAAGGACAGACCUGUCGGAGGACUGUGAGGUUCUACUGCUAGACGACAUUAGGGGGACUAUCACCGUGCUUUCUGAAGUGUUGAAAGUGAAAAGAGAAAUUAUAUUGUUGAAGUCAGACAGGGAAGGAUGUAAAUACAAGUUUUUUCUAGAGCUAUCUAACCUUUAUUUCAAAACUUGAAUUAUUCGCCCAUCUAUAAAUGUUGAUUAUUUAACUAGUGUAUGUAGUUCAUAAGGUAAUAGAAAUGGUGAUUACGACAGCAUGUAUAUAACUGGGCAGAACCAGGAUAACGCUCGCUGUAAGAUGUAGAUUUAGUUAGGUUAUCAGACAGUAAAUGAUUUUAAUAUUAUUAAAUUAAUGAAACUAGAGAGUUAACCACAAAAUGUAAUGUAACAAAAUAAAAUGCAAGAUAUAAACAUGUAGGAUGGAUUUUGCAUAGUAAAAAAUAAGUUUGCCAUUUAAAAUUGUUAUUUGUUAGGUUUAGCUGAAAGUAGACAGUUAAAGAGCCGGUCCCACUCGCGAAAACUUGCUUUAAUGUACUACAAUUAAUUUUUAUUCCUUACAUUCUUAUUCCUUUACCGUUUUUAAAUGUAUCCAAUACAAAAAGAAAUUUUUAGAAUGUGCUUUGCAAACACCACCUUGAAGAGUUUGACAGGUGAACAUGUUAUUUAGGACUUUAAGUUAAGGGGUGUUCAGAACGAAGUCAGGGAGAUGUAAAAGUUCUAUUACCUUAUGCAGAGACAAAGAAUGAGCGGUGCCAUCCGGUAAACAAAACACAGUUAAUUUGUGAAGCCUUCUUUCUUUUUCCAUACCUCCUGUUUCCCAAAACAAACCAAGGAAUUAGUUCAUAUUCUCAUAGGUACUUGCUAAAACAAGCAUUUCAAACAGCUGUAGCUCCAUUAUUUUUGACUCUAGUGAUUCGACUGAUGAUUUUUGAUAAGGCAAAUAAGAAAUCCAUGUGUAUAAGCUGCUAGUUGUUUAAAACAAAACAGAUGAAUUCUUUCACUUCUCUA